CCCUGCACAUAGCAGGGGGGUUGGAACUAUAUGAUCACUAUGGUCCUUUUCAACCCAGGCCAUUCUAUUACUCUGUGAUCAGUUUUUAUCUUCCUUCAGCCUGCAUUAGGCUUUUCUGCAGGAAAGUGAUGUCCCCACGUGCAACCUGUGUGAUGCCAACGUGUCCUGUUGGUGCUGUGCUUACUGCACUGUGCUUUGUUACAGUUUUUUUCUACCGCUGUGAUGUGAAUAUUUAUAGUUGCCAUCUCAGGUAAAGAAAGCUGACUUGUGUAAUAACAAACACGUCUAACUAACGCCACAGGCAGUGUGCAUGACUUUUUCCUUUGGACCUCAGUUUAUUUUCUUCCUCUUUCUUCAGUACCUUCUUGAUGCAGGAGAGAAGGUGGUGGCUUACAGGAGCUUCAUUUUAAGUGUCCUUUUAACCUUUAAGCACUGAAAUUUUCUCUGUGAUAUAAUCACUGUUCUGUCACAUGCAGUUUGUAACUGAUUUUUGGUUUUGUUGUACUGUUUCCCCAGGUAUCGCUCCUACUUUCAAGGUUCCUUUUGCUGUAGAAAUUCCUGACCUGCCUUUUCCAUGUUCUCUUCCUUCUGCCCUGUCACCUUCACAGCUCACCAUAUCUUAUAGACCAAUCUGACACACUAGAACAGCAGGAAAACCUCCUGUGUAUUCCUGGGUUUCCAGCUGUUUUGCGCUCAGCGCGUGGGUCAUAGGGUGAGCUGACAGAGAACAUGAUGGAGGGGAAGAGCUGAGAAAAGAGAGAUGUAGUGAUGUCCCUAUAGACAACACUGAGCCAUGAGAUCAACUUAGCUGUCCAAGGAGCCAUAACAUUGCCUGAUAACUGCACCACCACCGCAGCACAGUUUGCAUAAAAUUUCUGAAGUACCCAGGAUAAAAGAAGUAGUGUAAAAGUUUUAAAACAACCCAGUAGGCUUGAAACCAAGUUCAUAUCUUAACACAGAUAUUACCCAUUGCUUGGGUUGUUUCAGUCUGUGACACUGUGGUCUGUAAGUAGCUGUUUUCCAUGGCAGCUGCUGAUCUGUGGCCCAGUUUUGUACAGUUGUACAAAGGCUGCUGGUAGCUUGUUGUAAUAUUACAAAUGCUGACGUACAGACAGGCUGCUUGGUACUGGUCUUCAUGCCUAGGACCAGCAGGCCAAUGUUCUCUUUUUUUCUGCAUGUGUCUAGAAUAAAAGCUCAAUUAACAGUUUUGUUAGUCUUUAUUCUGUUCAUCAGUGCAAUCAAUGGCAUGGGCUCUGGUGACAUAGUACUACUGCUGGGUGAUUAUACCUGGGAAGGCAUUGUACAUCUCAGAGCAGUACCUCUCCUUUAAAAAAAGAGAGCAGAAGUAACAGGGAGCAUAAAGAGAGAAUAACCAGGGGGAAAAAAAAGCAUGCAUUCUUUUUGAGAGGGAUGGCAAAAUAAUCUGUGACUUGCAAAGAAACAAAUACUGUUUAUAAAAUCAAGGCAUGCUUAACAAGGAAUUACCUUUAGGUUAGCGUUACUCACCUUUUUGAGUGUAUGAAGAUGAUUUGUACUUACGUGGUGAGAAACUGCCUGGAGUUCCAGGCAUGUGAUCUACGUAUUUCAUUUAGUCUAGAGACCUGAGACUGCUUCAGGCAAAGCAUUUGAAUAAAAGUCCUCUGAACAAGCUAGAUAUGUUUUCUCAUUAGUGACGGUAUGGAAUGUACAGUUAGUAUUUAUUUUAGUAUGUUUGACACAAGUCAUUUGUUGUAUAAAGAAAUCAAAUUCCCAUCUGGACUAAAUAUAUGGUAAUAGAGAAUUGGGAGACUGAGAUAGUGCUAUUGCUGCUGUGUAAGAAAAGAAUUGGAGUGCUUGGCUUUCAUUUGUAGUCCAUUAAACCUGUGUACUUAAAGCCUAAUCAAUUAAUGUUUGCCUGCAGCGAGCCUGGCACCCCGUGGUUUGUAGACCUUCAAGCCCUACUUGAAAACUAACCGUGUUCUCUAAAGUCAUGUGUGGAUUGAUGCUUCUGUCCUCACCUUUUACUGUACCCUGUGAUUUUGUAAAUUAUGAUAUACCAUCUCUGCAUGCUGCUGAAUGCAUUGCAAGUGUCAGUAGGACACGCUGUCUUCUCAUUUUGACCCCUUCAAGUGGUCAUAGGGGAUUGAUUUGAAAUGAGUUGCUACAUUUUACAGGCUGCACUUUGUUGUUGUUAUUAAUAGUGUUGACCUAUAGCAUCCUGUCUAGUUCUGUAGAGUCUCUCCUUGGCCACUAUUAGCAGUGAUUUGGAAUCAAACUGGUAUUUACAGCUAUCCAAGACUGUCUUUUUUCAAAAGGUAUUGUAAUCUGAGUUAGUUCUGUAGUGUGGAUCGGAGCUGAAGGGGCAUCGUGCUGUCAGAGAGAGUGUUGGUCAGUAGAAAUAAUGAAGAAGAAAUCAUGGCUCAAAGGAAGGUAGUAACCUUGAUGACUUUGCUGUUCAAUUUCUCUAUCUUCCUCCUGAAUCUUAAGGAGAGAAAUAUUGAUUGUAGUUAUUCUUCCUUUUGAAGUCAGCAGGAACAGCAUUGGGUCCCUGUAGUUUUAAGCCUGUUUCUUUGGCUGAUUCAGGUUGUUAGCAUCAGUGCCAGCGAGGGAAUGGUCUUAAGCAGGCUUAAGGAGCAGCUUGCUGAUGUGUGUUCUGUUUGUACUGAAGUCUUCCUCCACAAACGUGUGUGUGUAUGAUAGGUGAGAAAGGCAAAAAUUGGCCCUGAAUUCAAGAAAUCAUACAAAAUGGAAUAUGUGAUGUCAGUUGUAAAAUAUGCAAUAGAUUUUUGUAGCAGUGAUACUGCGGAAGAGCUUGUAUUUGCUAGUGAGUCUAUAACAUUGUUAAAGUAAUGGGAGAAGUUUCCAAACAGUGACAGCAACAGCAGGGUGCCCUUUGGAGUUGGAAGCAGUUACAUUUACAAGCUAAACUUCUUGUUUGUUAUGCACCAAUUGUACUUCUCUGAAAACUGCUGAAGUGGUGUUUGGGCUUUUAAUUAUUUCUUUUUUGAUUAAUAUUCCUCCACAGCUUUGUAUAACUGUGUGAGAUCUCAUUGUAGCCAUUUUGUAAAGGAAAUCAAUUUUGUCUGAGUUAGAAUAUAGUAAGUUGAGAUGCUUGGGCAAGGCAUCUCCACCCAGUAUAGCACACUUGGCAAAUAAGUGAGAUCUUGAGCAUGUAGAGAGUGGAUAAGUUUACAGAUUCAUGGCCUAAAGCUGUUAGAUCUAGUAUGUGACUUAAUUUAAAGUUUUGAGUUCAUUAAACAUGCUAGAAAAUAUGUAUUUUGAGUCAAGAAAACACUCUUCUGAUGUCAUUACUGCAAGUUAGUAUGGGCUGCAUUAUUGUUGGUGUAUUUUUCUCCCCCCCAAAAAAAAUUUAACUGAAUUUUUCUUUAAUUGUUGUAUUCACUUCUUAUUUUUCAGGAGUCUUUGAAAAAUCCUUAGUGGUCAUGACAUUGUUACAAGUGAGAUAAAUUAGCCAGUGGCUCAGAGGGAUGGAUACCCAGAAGACUACAAAUGGUUUGCGCGUGAUUGGACAAGGGACUGGUAUAGGGAAAUCGACACUCCACAUGGUGGGGUAUUUGGGAAAAAGCCAUGCUCCUGUGGAAAAAACUUCACCUGACUGUUGUCCAGUCUGCAAAGAGAAGGGCCAGGUUCAAGUUUUACGGACUUACCGCAUCAAUUUUCAAGAGUCCAUUUAUCUUUGUGAAAACCCUCAGUGUAUCUACCCACUUGGUUACAAACCAUUUAACAGCAUAAUUAUUUCUGCUGAUUCAGAAAAUCUUCAUGUUCCAUCUAAUGAUAAGAAAAGGAAAUUGUGUGAUACCAGUGACCUUUCUCCUAUCGAAUCAAAUCCAAAACUGGCAAGAACUAAUAAUGUGGUAAAUGUUGAGCACAGUACUGAUACAGACCCUGUUGUCCAAAACUGUGCUGAAAGCUUAUGUAUCCCUCAGCCAAGUGUAUGUGACGUGUUAGAAAAUGGCCAGGAAAAAUCUAAUAAUGAGAAAUCCAUCAAUCAGAAGGUGGAUUUUGAAACAACCUCCAACACCAAUGGUCAUCAAGAAAUUCCACUUAAGAAUUUCAGCUCCAGAACACAACUCUUGCCGAACUCUACUCACAGCUCAACAACAUCUGAAGUUUUGCUCAGAGACGGUAACUGUUCCACAAGUAACACAGGUUUAUGUCUUCAGUGGAGAAACAAGUAUAAUCUUUGUUGGUUAGAUUGUGUUUUGUCUGCAUUGGUACACUUAGAAGCAUUAAAAUUUACUCUAGUAGAAGAAGAUCAUGAAAAAUGUUUACUUCAAAGGCUCUUGACAAAGUAUAAUCAAGCAACUGUUCUGCUGAAUACCUGUAAAAGAUGUAAAGUAAAAGAUGUUCUUCCUAAAGCAGAAUUGCUUCUCAAUGAAAUAAGAAACCAGAUUUUUUUACAGCUUCAGCCACAGCUUAGGUGUGAAUUAGGUAAGGAGGAAAGUCCAGUGUUCGCACUCCCUCUCCUCUUGAAACAGGAUCAGCAAGCUGAGAAGCUCUUUUUGCAUUCAUUUUCAUGGAAGUUUGAAUGCAUGUGCUGUGGCUACAAAUACCUGGACAGAUGUAGGAAAACACUAACAACGUUCACAAAUAUAAUCCCUGAUUGGCAUCCACUUAAUGCUGUUCAUGUUGCUCCAUGCAAUAACUGCAGUGAUAGAUCUCAAAGAAGACAGAUGAUUUUGGAAAAAGUACCCUCAGUAUUAAUGUUCCAUUUCCUAGAAGGCUUGCCGCAUAACAACCUGAAGAGUUACUCAUUUCAGCUUGAAGAAGACAUCUACCAAAUAACAUCUGUUAUUCAGUAUGAAAUGCGUAAGAAGCACUUCAUAACCUGGUCAUUGAAUCCUGAUGGAACUUGGCUUGAGUGUGAUGACUUAAAGGGUCCGUAUUGCAGGAGACACAAAAGAUUUGAAGUUCCUCCGACAGAGAUUCAUAUUGUCAUCUGGGAAAAGAAAGCACCCCGUUUGCCAGAAGAAGACCAGAAUUCACAGCAUCAGAAUAAAAAUAUUGAAGAUUCUACUAUUAAUAAUGUGCAGUUAAAUUCCACAGUGUUGCACCAUGGUUUUGAUAAUGCUGUAGACAAUAUACUUGCAGAAGAUCACAAAGAAGAUUCUGUGAGAAUUCCAGAUGAGAAACAGCAGCGGGUCGCUGAGGGUGAAAGUAGUGCACAUUGUGGCUUAGAAAAUCUUGCCCGUGAUGAUCUUUUAACUCAGAUUCUUGAAGAAACUCCACUUGACUCAGAGGGUAAAUCAAUGCUGAACAGAAGGAUGAUGGAAAAUAACCUUGUUGUUGAAAUGAGCUCACGGGAAAAGCAAGAAUCAGCUUUUUCACUUAACACUCCCUAUACAGGGGAGCUCAUUGGAACUGAUGUACCUAUGAAUGACAAAAACAUGCUAUCUGAAAAUUCCAGCAUUUGCUUGUCUCUACAAGAAUUGAAUCCAGCAAGUAGUACUCCUCCUGUACCCAAAAAACACGACCCCAACCCAUCUGACUCGUUACUUGCUCAAAGCACAGAUGGUAAAGGUAACUUACUUAAUGGAGAAUGUGGCUUAAGUUCAGGACACCAGAUAAACUGUAAAUUGCCACCAGUAGAGAAUAUUGUAGAAAAAUCACCUGACCUGAAAGGUGCGAGCAAAAUUGCAGUUCAUUCUCAGGUUACAAGUUCUUCUGCUGAUAAUAACUCCUUACAGCCUUCAGACAAAGACCAAAAAAGAGGAUUUGUAGGAAGCUGGGUAAAAAAACUGUUAAGCAAGAAUACUUCUUUUCUGCCUUCAAGUGCCUUGAUGCCCAAGAAUGAGAGAAGCUGCAAAACUCCCUCAGUGCAGAAGUUAAAUGACACAUGGUUGCCAGUUAAAGGAGCAAGUAACUUUGGUGGAUUUCAAGGCAGAGGUGAACGCAAAACAUCUCAGCCCCUAACGUCAGUGCUUCCUCGGAGUAAUAAUGCUCAUUAUUUAUCAAAGUUCAAAGGAUUUUCUCAAGGUACUUGUCUUCCCCAAAAUCAUAUUGCCAUGGAAGGCCCAACUUGGAAUAAGUCAGGCAGUACUCUGGGUAGCUCUGGUAAAACAACUCAGGUCCAUCCACCUAGCUAUAAUUCUGUGAAGGCAGAAGAGUCAGAUAGUGACAAAACAAGAAAGCUUCGCCUGAAACUUUUAAAAAAGCUUAAUGCUAAAAAGAAGAAGUUGGCUUCACUGGACAGGCUAGCAGUGGAACAGGCAAAAUGUGGAAAACCUGUUGCUAGGGAUGUAAAUGCCCCUUCACAGACUGAAUCUCAUAAUGAUAGUGAAUUACUGCAGAGCUUUUUAAGGGAACUGCAGUAUCACAUUGAUGCUGCAGAUAAUUCGUCUGAAUUCAGUGUGAACUCGGGAUGCAGUAGCCAUAAUAGUAAUGAUGAAAUACUGGCAGAAUUACUGUCCCCUACUUCAACUGUUGCUUCCUCAGAGGUUCCAAAAAGCGAAGAUGAAUGUAUGUAUAUGGAAAUGGUAAAUAGCAGCAGUGCUGCGCCAGCAGAGCCUGCUGAGAAGACCAGUGUAUCUCAUGCAGCAGUGACACCUGAGGACCGCAGUUACUACAGUCCUGAAAAGGGCAGUAAUUAUGAACAUAUAAUGAGCAAAUCCAGUGUGAAAAAAAUUGGUUUUGAGAGUCCCACAAGGGAAGAUAUCCUUGAAGACCUGUUCUCCAUUUCAGCACCAACCACAAUGGCAGGUGACAUAGAUGUACCUCAUUUUGAUGAGACGCUGUUCGAAACUUGGUGAAUAUUUGGUUUAUUAGGGUUGGGGUUUUUUUUCCAACAUUAUGUAUAUUUUGAAACAAACGACUAUUAAAUUAUAUUUUCUAACAAGUUUAAUUGCACCCUGGCUGUACUUGAACAGUUUCCAUUGCAGUUUUUCUUAAAAAUUUUAUUGUAGCAGACAAAGUGCUUUAAGGCAUUUUGUUUUUUUGAGGAACCGUUAUUUUAGCAGAUAUAAUGAUGCACUCAAACAUAGCUCCUAUGAGUCUUAAUUUUUGCUGCUUUUAAUAUGGGAAAUGUACCCAUGUUUUAUUGGGUUUGAAAAAUAACAGACUUCAGUAUCCUAGAUGUUGUAAUGGCAUGAGAAGUACUUCAGGUAGCACGGAUCCGUUUUUCAGGAUCACCCAACUCCUGAGGUCUCUUUGUCCAGUAUUUAGGGGAAAAGUAAUCCACCAUUCUGUAAUAAUGGAUUUUUGUCUCCUUUGCUACAAAGAUUGUAUGCAAAGCUCAACUCCAAUGGUGAUACUUUGUUUGGAACUUUUGAGAAUUACUGUUCUGUAAGCUCCCCUUCCCUAGAUCCAAAGAAGGACUGAUAUAAAGUGUUAGUACUUCCCUUUGAACUUAGGGCUGUUGAGUUUUCAUCCUGGGUAACCUGCUGAGCUUUCAUCCUGGGCAACUGAAAAUAUGAUUUGGCUGAACAUUAUUCAGAGCCAGAUCAUUUUCUUCAAGUAGAUUAAAUAAGAUCUGGGCCAGAGUUUGCAGUGCUAAGAAAGGAUACCAAAUGUAACUUUUAUUUAUGCAUUGCUGUGAAUUCACUAAUAAAAGAAAGAUUUCUGAGAGUGGAACUGUGAAUUAGCACUUACUGCUGUUGUCCAUAGGGCAGCACACCCCUAUCUGUAUAAAGCAAAUGGCAAGGAGAGGCAAAGUCCAUUGGACAAAACUUAUGGAGAACGUGGCAAGACAGCAUUGAGUAGGAAGAGAGAGAAGAUCAUUGACAUUGUGGUGCUUCUGGGUCUGCGUAUGGCUGUCAUUUUGCUAGGUGGGGGUCUUUGAAAAUCACGGAUAGAGAGGUGAGAUUCUAUAUGCUGAAUUGGAUUAACUGUAUGUUUUUCUAGUACCUGUGAUAAUGAGAAUUUCAUCAGCAAGUCUUUGUCUCAGUCACUUGUGGAGGUACUCUACAUUUUUUCCUUUUGAUCCUGAAUUUAAAACACAAAUCUUCUGUCUUCUAAAAUAGAUGUGUUUUGAACAUAAUUGUCAUUACAAAGCAUGGCUACAGAUGUAAAUGGUCUUUGAUAGCUUGAACCAGGUUCAGUAAGUGAUUGAGAAUCUGUCAGUGGCACUGAAUGCACCUUGACAAGUUGUUUCUGUUGUAAUUACAUACGUGUUUAUUGAACUGGCACUUCAGACAAUUACUGGUUUCAUUCUUGGAGUCUUUGUAAAGAGGUGGAGCUCCUCUUUGUUUUAGAUAUUGUAACUGGUACGUUGCAAUAAAAAAUCAGUGGGUUCUGAAUGUGAAGUACCACUGUUCUACUGGUGAAAU